GAGAGCUGCGAGUGCGCCGCGGCCUUGGCGCGCGCCACGCCAGACCACUUCCACAUGCAGUCGGAGUCUCUCAUCGGGCCCCUGAUGCAGACCAUCGCCCACCAGCACUGGAAGGUUCGGGUGGCCGUCAUCGAGGCCACGGGCACCGUGAUCCAGUUCGGCAGCGGGAAGUCCGUGGACGACGUGCUCCCUCACUUUGCUCAGCGGCUCUUUGACGACGUCCCCCAGGUCCGACGGGCGGUGACGUGCGUGGUGGGGGGCUGGCUGCUGGACCUGCGGGACCGCUACUCUUUCUUCCCCAAGCUCAUCCCACUGCUGCUCAGCAGCCUGGACGACGAGAUGCCAGAGAUUGUGUGCACGGCGGCCAGCCUCUGGGAGAGGGCUGGCCUGCAGUGGCAGCAGGAGAACGAGGAUGACCUCAAGGACAAGCUCGACUUCGCCCAGCCGCCUCCCGCCCAUCACCCCUCUCCAGAGAACCGCCCAGCGUUGGGCUGUCGGGAGCUCGUCUUCAGAAACCUCUCCAAGAUCCUUCCCGCCAUCUGUCACGACAUCGCCGACUGGGUGGUGGGGACCAGGGUGAAGUCCGCACAGCUGCUGGCAGUGCUGCUGCUCCACGCCGAGGACCACAUCACGCAGCACCUCGAGGUCCUGCUCCGGACGCUGCUCCGGGCCUGUGCCGACGAGGAGGCGGCCGUGGUCAGCAGUGGCACGCGGUCCGCGGAGCUGGUCGGGGCCUUCGUCAGCCCGGACGUGUUUCUGAGGUUGAUCUGGCCGAUGCUGAAGAAGUCGCCCUCCCCUGCUGGCCUCCUGGUGCUCGCUGCCAUCGUCCGGGGCUGCCCGAGAGAAGCCCUCCGGCCCCACGUGAAGGCCAUCGCCACGGAGCUGGCCCAGGCUCCCAUCUGUCAAGGGUCUGAGAGCCUCCUGUACGGCGAGAACCUGCUGCUGUGCGUGCAGGCUUUGGUGGCAGUGUGCCGUGAAGACUGUAGGGCGUCCAGCCUGCAGCUCAUGGAGGUGCUGGUGACCGUCAUGGCCCUCGCGGGAGCCACGAGCCUGGGCGACCAGGUAAGCCGGGGGGGCGCGGGUGACGGUGCGUCUCUGCACCUCUGCUCUUGCUGCCCAGGCCUCGGGCUGCCCGGCGACGCUGGCCUCCGGCGAGGUGACAGCCAGGACCUCUACCGAGAUCACACGGGUCCUCUGCUGGAGUGGCUGGCCGCGUCCCAGCACGACUGGACUGUCCACUCUGCAGAACUCCAGCAAUUUAACGUGCUGGUCACCCACGCAGGCCCGGCCCUCGGGGAGGCGCUGCCGCACCUCGUCCCCCUGCUCAGGAGCUGCCUCCAGCCGGCCAGAGACCCACAGAUGCGCCUCAAGCUGCUCUCCGCCCUGUCCCGGGUGCUGCUGGACGCGAGGGAGACCGUGGACUCACGAGGGCAGUUUCACAGCUACCUGGACACCGUGAUAAAGGACAUCUUGGUCCCCAAUCUGCAGUGGCACGCAGGGAGAACGGCCGCGGCCAUCCGCACGGCGGCUGUGUCCUGCCUCUGGGCGCUGGUCAGCUGCGAGGCGCUGUCUGCCACACAGAUACUGGACGUGCAGGAGACACUGAUGCCCCAAGUUCUGAGCACCCUGGAAGAAGAUUCUCAGAUGACUCGACUAACUUCCUGCCGAAUCAUUAACGUAUUUUUGAAAACCUCUGGUGGUGCGAUUGAUCCAGAUAAAUUCAUCAAGAUUUAUCCUGAACUCCUGAAGCGCCUCGACGACAUUUCCAACCAAGUGAGGCUUGCAGCCGCCUCCGCCUUGGCCACGUGGCUGGAGUGUGUCAGGAAGGACAAGAAGGCUCACUACCAGGGCGACAUCCAGUUCCUGUACCGGGAGCUCCUGCUGCACCUGGAUGACCCCGAGGGCGCCGUGCAGGACGCCAUCCUGGGGGUGCUCAAAGCAGGCAGCGUCCUGUUCCCUGACGCCCUGCUGAGGGAGACGGAGGCUGUCAUCCACAAGCAUCGCUCCCCCGCCUACUGUGAGCAGCUCCUGCAGCACGUGCGGGCCGGGCCGCCUGCUCAGUGACGGGCCGGGAGCAGAGCCGUCGGUGCUGCAGCUGGAGGGGGGAGCGGACCCCAGCGGGCGCCUCUGUGUCAGCAGCCGAGAGCACGCACAAGGGGACUGGCAGCGAGGAGGGUGUAUUUCCCAGGAAAAUGCCCCGUGUCCUCCUGGGGCGUGUUCCAGACCCAGCAGUUCCGGAAACAGCAUUCGCUGAGUGGCUCUAUGUGCUUAUGUCCUUCUACGCGGUUCAUCGAGAGGUCUGCCAAAAACCUGCAGCUACUUUAAAAUAAAACUAAACGCCGCUACGCACACUGGCAGCCAGGCCAGCUCGCGCUCCGGGUUCCGGGGUCACUGGCUCCAGUGCCCACCAAGAAUGUUCUCGACAGUUUUUCUAAAAAAGCCAAAGGGAUUCGAAGGGAAUUGCUUGCUUGCUUUAGAUUCUGUCCACUGACGUUCAGCAUCUCAGUGAACAGCCUAAGAAGAGUUCGAAAUCCUAAGAACGAUCAUCAGUGAAAUUUUUCCCAUUUAAAACAUACUGGAACUUAAAAUGUUAUACGGCUGUAGUCGGUCACAGUGUUUUUUCUUAGGUCGGUAAUGCUAAGUGUUGAAAGUAGAAUAUUUAAUCAGAUAUAAUUUUGGUUGUUGUGUUACAAGUAGCAGUAAAAUAAAAUUUUAUUUUAUUCUCCAGAACUUUCUACACCCAAGUGCCUAAAAGGUUUCAAUUGAAGUGGUUAUCAUUUCCAUAUGUUAACAUAAAGGGAGAUGCUGUAUGAAUUUUUCAACAAUCAAAUAGUAACAUUUAUGCUUUGCUAUUUGAAAUUUAAUUAAAAAUAUUUAUUAUUAUUAUUUCA